AUGGAUCAGGUAGAAUCUUACCUGCUUAAUGGUGGGUCUGGUGGCGGUAAUGUACUAAAUUUAGCUGAGUUUCAUUUUGGUGGAUUAAAACCUUGGGUUUCUGUUGCUUUGUUUCUUCUAAGAGAGAAAGCAAAUAAGGAAUCUAAAUGGUUCUUCCGGAAAAACAGAUUCUACCAUAUUUUGUACAGGUCAGAAGAGGAGCUUUCUGAACUUCAAGGAACUCAACUAUUGAGCACAACCUUGGGUGUUAGAGAAUAUGUGCACAGAGAAUUUCUCAAAUUCGAACAAGAAGUCAUACUUCCCAACAAGCGCCUUUUUCCGUCAAUUACAUCAGAUGACUUCUUUUGGGCGUCUGGUAUACUCGGAUCAAGAGCAUUUUCACGUCUUCCCAGUCAAGAUCUUGUUCUCGUCCCUCUAGCCGACUUGAUGCUGCUGAGGCAAAGUAGUGAAAACCUAAUCAAGAAUUUUAAUGCUGGUAGGGGAUGGAUGAACUGAAACAAGCAGUUGACAGUUCUACGGUAGGGGAUGGAUGAACUGAAACAAGCAGUUGACAGUUCUACGGUAGGGGAUGGAUGAACUGAAACAAGCUACGGUGGAGUCUAAGAAAUAGCAAAUUCAAAGAAGAAACAGAAGUUUGCAGCUUAUGGUCCUUGGAGAUGCAGCAGAGUUAUUAAAGUUAGCAGACCGGCGGGCAUCAAGUCUGUGAGAGAAACUGGAGAAAUUAUUUCAUUAACUUGAAGAGUCAGAUACCCAGUAUAUUCAGUACUGUUUCACCUAGUACAUAUCGACAUGUAGUAUAGGAUUAUACAAAAUAUACAGUUGCAUGUCUAAAUUUCCCUCUUUAGUUUUCAACUUGAUUAUUUUUCUUGUCUGGGAGAAGUUUUACAGUUCUGAACCUGGGGAUUAUACACCUCAUACUAUGGUAUUAGUGUAUUCCUUCAUCCUCUAGAGGAGUCGAAUCUAUAAAAUUGAGUUUACACAUUACUUAUCCUCUGCCAAUGUAUAUGUUGU